GCGGGAGGGCACGCCUUCGAGGGCAUGCUCGGAGCGUUUCUUGCAACGCCCUUGAUACACCACGAGGAAGUAGCAGGGUGAGCCUCGGGCCUCGAGAGAUUGGCCAGAUCAGGAUAUGCAAUUCAUCAGUGAUUUAAUGUCGAGUACUUAUGUUCUCUCUCCCGCCGGUUCUCUUCUUGCCAUCUCUCCUCUUCGCGGACAUUCAAUCGUACCCAACUUGCAACUCGCGAUCUGCCCUUCGAUACGCCGAUCAAAAUGAACUACAACGGUGUAUACACAGAUGCUGCAUAUCACCGUUCGAAGCAUUCGCACUCUCACCAUCGCCACAGACAUCAUUCAUCUACGAACGCGAUGCCUCAGACGAUUCCUUUUCGACGAUCGCAUACCGCGGAUACCUACAGCCAUCCCAAUCCGUGGACUCCAUGGGAUGACAUGGCGCAGACUCUAUCUCGGGUCUUGGAAGAAGACAUGGCAGCGAUGGCCUGCCAAACCGAGGAUAUGUUCCGGCGAGCGCUACAGCAGCAAGAACACUAUUUCCGCAGCGACAAUACGUUCCGCGCGACGUUUGACACCAGUUCCUUGAGCUCGCUGUUCUUCGGGGACGAUCACCAUCAAGCUUACAAGGAGGCGUGGAGAAUAGAUGCGCAGAGGUUGAGAGAGCAGGAAGACGCGAUGAGAGAGCAGUUAAGGCGAUUGCAGCAGGCCAGGCUAGAAACGGAGAGGUGUAGGGCUGCGUAUGAGAGGCAGAAAGCGGAGGAUGCGGCUAGAGAGCAGAGGCGGAGGAAGCGGGAGAACGCACGGCGCGAUGAAGCUGACAAGAAGGCAUGGCAACAAGCGUACGAGGCAAAAUGGGCGGAUAUCACAUCCACUUCUGCGACACCCGCUGAACUCACGUUUCGCGCGAUUCCGUGGCCGAUGUUCUCGGAGCCACAGUCGGUCGAGGAGAUAACCCCGUCUGCGGUGAAGGCGUUCGUGCUGUCGCCCUUGCACUCGGAGGGUCAGUCUCGGAAGGAGAGGAUCAAAUCGGCGCUGAAGAGGUGGCAUCCUGAUCGAUUCGGGAGAGUACUGGUUCGGGUGGUCGAAUGCGACAAGGCGAGCGUGGAGGAAGGUGUCGGAAUCGUUGUUCGGUGUUUGAACGGUCUGCUGGAGAACGAGACCGGAAGAAGCUCUUGAGCUUUAUACUUGGGCAGAUCACUCACUACGCUGUCCCCACCCGACGUUAUGAAAUUACCGGGUAUGCGAUGGCACGGUGUA